UGAACACCAACAACCGUACUAUCCCGAUCACCAAGCAACAUGGCUCGUACCAAGCAGACUGCCCGUAAAUCUACCGGAGGAAAGGCUCCACGUAAGCAGCUUGCCACGAAAGCAGCUCGCAAGUCAGCUCCAUCGACUGGUGGAGUCAAGAAGCCCCAUCGUUACAGGCCUGGAACCGUUGCUCUCCGUGAGAUCCGUCGUUACCAGAAGAGCACCGAGCUUCUCAUCCGCAAGCUCCCCUUCCAGCGUCUGGUCCGUGAGAUUGCCCAGGACUUCAAGACCGAGCUUCGCUUCCAAAGCGCUGCCAUUGGAGCCCUUCAGGAGGCUAGCGAAGCUUACUUGGUCGGUCUCUUCGAGGACACUAACCUGUGCGCCAUCCACGCCAAGCGUGUCACCAUCAUGCCCAAGGAUAUCCAGCUUGCCCGCCGUAUCCGUGGAGAGAGGGCUUAGGCGUUGAUUUCACCGCUUUCCCUGAAACAAACGGCUCUUUUAAGAGCCACCCAAAUCUCCAAGAAAGAAUACGAGUUUUACUCUUUGUUUUCCCCCACUUUCCACGUUUCCUUGAUUUUCACUUCACAAUCUUACCAACAUUUCAAUCCAUGUAUUUCAUUCUAUAAAAUAGUAUUGCCUGCAUGCAUGCAAUGUGUAGUUUAUCAGCAUUAUCUGUCUUCAAAUGCAGGAUAUAAAUAAAUUAUGAUUAAUAUUACUCUUUUGGACAUAUUUUUGAUAGAAAUUUAUUGCCCUUUCUACCUAUUUUUAAAUGCUUUUGGGUGCAUAUUGAUUAUAUAAUAUAAUAACUCAAUAUAAUAAAGUAUAUUGAUAAAUUGAUAAAGAGCCCUUUCAUUCAGAUGAGGAUUCAGACGAGUGUAUGUACUUUUGGGGGGUAAACAGUAGGCGAGUGUAUAGCCUGAUACUGAUUCCAUCCUCAUCAUCCCCACAUCAUGUGCUGUGUCUUCAGGGAUACAUAACACAUCUCAAGCAGUAGCGUACCCAUUUACGGGGGGGGGGGCAAAUCGUCCGCAAAAAAAUUGAAAAAAGGUAUUCAAGAUCAACCACAACUAGGGCCUAAAGGAUUUCGUGCCAGAUAAAAAAAACUUGACAAGCAAAAAAAAAGAUU